AUGGUGACAACCAGGUCCCAGGACCGCAAAUUAGGUGCCUCUAGCUCGCCCCUUCCAGCCGUGGAAGCGGGCACAGACUUGUCACCCUAUGCUAGACUAUCGCCCACCGCAAAAUCAAAGGCACCUUCUGCGAGUACGCUUGCCUCCAGGAAGAGUCUUGCCUCACCUGCAAACCAGAAGAUUGAAGUCGUCAUAGACGUAGCACCUAAUCACGGUGCAGCCCCAAAUCCUCUGGAGCAAGAGACUUCACAGUCUGGAGGCCGGGAAAAUGGACAAGGGAUCUCGCCGAGCCAGCCCCGGGAUCUCGUACCUCACCAUGAAUCAUCCUUUCAGGGCGUGCUCGAGGAUUCCUCGUCCAAUCAUGAAGCCAGAACUAUGCAAUCAGACGAUAGAAGCGCCUUGGAAGGCAGGCCCAAAGACAGUCGAGAAGUACCGGUCACACUUGCCGAGCGCUCGAAGCACCCGAUGUCACCGAAUCAGACAUCAGCAUCCGUCCCUAAACGAAAGAGAUUCACCAGCGAAGACCUUGACGAUAUGGUCCCAGGAUCUGAAUUGCCUGCAGACCAGCUUGCCCGUCCCGUCACUCCGAACGCGGCUGACAGAGAAGGUGUAGAAGAGUCUGACGAUGGCGGUGACGACGCUCCUCCCGAAGUGGUCAGCAGCUCUGAUGCUGCACAACAAGUCUUGGGGGUGCCCAAUCCUUCACUGCAGCAUACGAAUCGCAAGAGAAGGAAGAUCCUGCGGAAUGCUGACGAUGAGUUUGGCUCUCCUGUGCGAGUACCUGAGCUAGCAGCAACCCUGGAGCCACAGACAUCAGACACGGCACAAGAAAAAGGCGAAGAACCCACCACGGCAGGUCAGAUUCCUCAACAAAACGGAGGAGAGAGUGAGGCCGGCGAAGCAUCAAAGCCCAUCAAGAACAACUCAAGUACCGUCAAUGCUACUCCUCAGGAGACGAUCGAGAUCGUCACUACACCAAGAUCAAAUGAGAGCUCAGACCCGGCAAAUACUACGACACAAUCAGCCAGAAAGAAAACAGGACCCCGGACCCCUGACAAUUUCGAUACCACCACUCAGCUGCAGCCUUCUGAGCCAUUGGCGGAGGAGGGUAUUUCCACCUCCAAUGAGACCACCCGUCAGAUACUUCCAGGAGAGCAAGAGCAACUUGCGGUGAACCUUUCAACCUCCCUACCUCAAGACACGAGCAUGGCUGAUGGCGGCCCUUCUGUCACAAAUUCGGACGUGCGAUACUCGCCACCGCAAAGAGUGUCUGCGACAGAACUACCCCCUGAGUCCUCUGCUACAAUCCCGGCUCCGGAAGGUCAUGCACAAAGCACAACAAAAUUCCAAGCAAACACUGCGGAGCCAUCUGUAGGCGUGGAGUCCCCUGGUUCAGUUUAUUUGUCCACUCAAACACAGCCGGUCGAGUCUGAUUCGGUGAAAAUGGCAAAUUUCACGGCCCCUACGCCCCGCGCCCGCCCGAGAGGUAGACCACCUCUUCACGAGCAAGAAGUCUUGUCGACACCGAAGCCAACAUCUCUGCAGCAAUACAGAACUCGGCUGUUGGGCCGGCAUCCCCGAACAAACAACUGGGGAGCGCCUGGGUUCCGCCGGAAGGCGAAGUUUGUCGGCGCGUGA